CGCCAUGUGCAAAGAUUCAAAAUGGCGGACACGAGGGCAACGUUCGUGUCUCACAAAAUCAACAAAAUCAGAUGGAGACAGCAACAAAAGCAGUCUCUUCAAGAAUCAGACGUUUUUGCAAGUGGAAGCUGGGAUGAUGAACAAAAUAAAGUGUGUCUGUGGAAAGUUGAGAGACAAAAGGUCCAGAGUGGGGAGAUGGAUGAUGGAGGAGGGAAAGGCUAUGUGGAGAGUGACCCAGUGACUUUGUGUGAGGCACCACAUAGGGGAGAUGUCACUGGAUUAGAGUACAUGGGUCAAGAUCAUAUUGUUGCCUCUUCUUCGACAGGAACUAUUACUAUUUAUAAACAUCAUACCAACUCACAGACCCUGGGUGUGUCCCAGCAGUGGGAAAAAGUUCAUCAUCACUAUGGACAGAUGUGUCCCUGUACAUGUUUGGCUGUUCGCGAUGACGUGAUAGUGUCUUCAGGGGAGGAUGGACGUGUCAAUAUAAUACAAGUCGGACACAAAACGCCAAAUAGAGUUAUAGAUAAAGCAGAUAGCAGUACUGUCAAUAGUAUAACCUUCCUAAAGCAGACAGAAUUUGUCACUGUCAAUUCUACAGGACAGCUCAAGAUAUUUGAUCUUAGGACAAAUUCAGAUGAACCAACUCAAACACUUUCUGUAACGGGAGAGUUAACCCCUCUCCAGUGUAUAGACAAACAUCCCAGUCAGGCACACAUUGUUGCAACAGGUGGACAAGAUGGUGUCCUUGGAAUGUGGGACUUACGACAUGACAAGUUCCCUGUCUCCCUAAUGGAGGCACACUCUGGGACAGUGUGGGAGGUGAGGUUCCACCCCACAGCACCCGACCACCUAUUUACCUGCUCUGAGGAUGGCUGUGUUUGGCACUGGGAUGGCUCACAGGUCAAUGCCACACCUGUCGGCAUGGUGACGGGCAUCAACCAGAUAACAGGUACAGGUGCAGGAUCCGGGGGAGGUAAUCUAUCAACGCCCAGACAGUUCCAGUAUGGUGGUAGUGCGGUUGCCACUGGUCUUACAAAUCCCUGGCUGGCCACUGACAUUGCUAAAAACAAAAUUGAGAUCACCUCAUUACUUGAUCAAAAAUCACUGCCUAUAAACACUUUAGAUGUGGCUGGACACACUCUGCUCUGUGGCACGGAUGGAGAGACAAUAUUUACAAUGAAUCUUGGCAGUCUUCGGUAACCUCGCGCGUGCUGUGUUUAUAGUCCAGAUAGGUUGAUUCAUUUGAGAAAUUCCGGUGCAGGAGAUAUGAAUGAAGCUGAUAGAUACAUAAAUGAGGAAUUCAGGCAUGGAAGAGGUGAAAGGUCAAUAUGGAAAACGGAACAGGUACCGCAGGUACCACAAGAAUUCCGUUAGGUGCCAGUCUUUGUUUGAUGCAAAUCUGUUGGAGCUUAGUGUUGAUGUUAUUUCUUUUCCGAGGAUCAGACAUUGGUGCAGUCUUAUCAUUCCCUCAGCAUUAUUAAAUUUCAUUUGGGUUGUGAUUCUUUAUAAUUCUUUUUUUUUAAAUCCCACUAGCCCAACCCUUGGAGCUAUCGAAGGUCAAGAUCAGCACAUUUAUGAUACUAACUUGCCACUUUGUAUAUAUUCAUACAACAAAAGCCAAAUUCUUUUGUAAUUUAAGAGGAGAUACUUGCAGUAGUCAGCUAUCAGCAGGGCCCAGUGCUAUACAAGCCUGAUUAAGAUAGUAAUUAUUUGUUUGAUGGUUAAUUCUAUCUAAUUUAACUCGCAUCCUAAUUUAAAUACUAUAACACUUUAAAUUUAGAAUAUUGUGAUCAACAUUGACUGGAUGUUACCAGCUGUCUGAUUAGGUUCAGUAACAUGAUCACCUCUACUUUCGUUUUUCACUACAGUAUAAGAGUGUGUUCUGCGUUGAGCAUGAUAACCUAGGAUCUUCCAUGUGUCACAAUACAUGUACAAGUUAAAUAGAUGUACAAUUUUGGGUCUACUGCUUACCUAGUAGUAUUCAACACCCCUGUUUUGUUUUAUUAGAAAUUGUUCCUUCAAGACAAACACUUUUCUUGCAUCCUGUUUAUUCCACCUCGUAAUAUUGCUUUAAUGAGUUGAUUGAAACUAGUCACGGCGAUGUUGAUUAAAGCUUUCAGAGCAGGUAACGUUUGGUUGUUCUCCUGGUUUUCCAAUCAAAUGUCAAUUAUUUCUGUAUCAAAUUUAAAAUAAUGAAUAGAAAAACACAAUUGAUUCCAUAUAAAUAUGUGAUAUUCAUGAGUUGUCAUUUCACCUACUUUUUGAAACAUUGGUUUCCAAGGACCUCAAAUUCUGAUGUCUAAUUGUAGUGUUUUACUUUACUUUGUUACUAAAUAGUUAUGUGCAAUAUUAUAUAUGUUAGUAGUACCAAUCACCUGUAAUCAUUUACUGGUGUAAAGCAAGUGCUUAUUUAGUAGAAUUCUUUAAGGCUCGGCUGUAAUAAAACUGAAGGAUGAAAUUGAGGACAAAUCUGAAGUACUUGCUAUAAUAGGCAUAAUAGUCAUAAAAAUCAUAUUUUCACUUCUUUUUUUUUACAUCAUCUUUGAUGCUAGCUAUCAAUGGUAAACAACAAAAUAUAUAUGAUCAAUAAUUACUGGACAAUCAAAACAUUUCUAGUGUUUAAUAUUUACUCAGAUCGUUCCUGGGUUCUUUAUUAAAUGUCAUAUAUUAUCCUGGUGAAAAUGGGACUUAUAAGCAAUAUUUUGUUGCUGAAGAAAGGUUUUAAGUUAAGAGAAAAAAAGAUUGUGAUAUAUGAAACUGGUAGGAAAAUACUUCGUUUAGGAACAAUAAUUCAGAAAGUUGGAAAGUAUUGAUUUUACUUGGAAAUCAAAUGCUUGUUAAAUGUUCACUAAGAUUGUUCACAAAAUGUUUUGAGUGCAUUAUGGGUUUGAUGUGGUAAAUCAAUACUAUUAUAUAAAAAAUAUAUUUAAUAUCUUUGUAUGUGUUGGUUUUGAUACUAAAGUAUCAUAGACAAUUUAAAAAAGAAAAAAUGAAAAAAAUGAAAAAUAAUUUUGGUAUGUAAAAAAGCAAAUUGAACAAAACUGCUGCACAAACAUAGACUCUUUAAUACAUUAUCUUCAGUAUACGAAAUUAUAUAUUGUAUCCUAGCCCAAUUUUCUAUAAAUAAUGAAAGUAUUGACACUUUACCAGCCUGCUAUAAGGGAUUAUGACUUAUUUUUAACAUUUUCUACUGUUUAAUAAUGCAAUUAUAAUUUUUUUUUAGAUUGUAUGCCAUUUAAAAAUUUCAUUCUUUUUUUUCUUAAUUGCAUUAACUUGGAUUGAGAAGCAGUGAUCGCAAAAAAAAAUGAAAAUAUAUUGAUUAUAGUGGUGAAUUAAUAGUAGCUUAAUACACAUGUCAGUUAGUGACUUUUCAUCAAUGAAGAGUUUCAUAUUGUUUUAAUAUUUUUUCGAUUGUUUAGUUUGUGGUUAUAUUUUAAUGAUUGGAAUGUCUAAAGGUGUCUUACGAGACCUGUGCUCACCAGAAUCAAUAUACAAUAGCUUAAUAGCAUUGUCUUUACAUUUGAUAACAUAUAAUAUGUGUAACAUUUAACUCAUCAUAAUAAGAUGAAUUACUUCUUAAAUAAUUAUGAUUACAGUUUAAAUCCACCAAGAUCCUCUCUUUUGAAAAAAGUGUUUCCAGUUUAGAAUGUUACAAAAUUUCAAACAAUGAUUGUUAGAAAAACUAUUGGUAUCCAUUCUUAAAUAUAUGUAUUGAAUUUUGUAUUAAUUUGUUGUAAAAUGGAUUUGAUCAGAAAUUAAGCUUACAAUCAAGAGAUGUGUUAAUGGUGUUUUCCAUUGAACCAGUUAUUGGGGAUCAAGAUGCUUGACUUGAAAUGUGUCCUAGUAGAAUUAAAACAACUAAUAAUUUAUAUGCAUGCAACUGGAUUACUUUAAACAUGGACUGGUCAUUACAUUGUGUUGCUAUGAAAGUUGUUUUUCUGUGUAUGUUAAAUAAAAUAUUUUUGUACUUUUCUGUGAUGUAAAGAGAAACCUGGACUUGUGUGUAAGUGUAUGAGUGUGUGAGAAUUUGGAGUGUUUGUGUGUAUGACAUAAACAUGGUUAAACUUACAUUGUCAGAUAUAAUUAUUGUGUAUGGGAAGUAAAGCUGUGCAUCUACAACCGACAGUGACGUUGUGCUGUAAAUACAAGCAUUUGGAACUGUU